ACACCCUUCUUUCCCCGAUCAUACUCACUGCAGUUACCUAUUACCCCUACCCUGCGCGUCACAUUAUAGUCACGAUGAAUACUACUUUUACGGAUGAACCAUCAGCCUUGUCAUCUAUUAUGUCUCUGCCUGCCUCUCACGCGCUCGUGUUGUUUCAUGUGCCGCUUCGUUAAUCGUGGCUCUCGCGACAGAACUGGAUUUGAUACUGAGGACCUAGUAUGGCUGCUGGCCCGGCUUCCGAGACAGGAUACCCAUGGCAUCUUGUUCCAUUCGUUUCAUCUUUCUUUGCUACUACAACACCUUACACCCAUACCCAUGUUAGAAUUGUGACUUGUACUCCAUGUCUAACCUCAUUACAAGCAGCUAC